CGGAAAGUCGCUUUGCGAAGCAGCCGUGCUCGGUACACCUUCGGUAUUUCACUAUUUCAAGACUCUAUCUUUGUAGCAAAGCGACAAGGAGGGCGUAAGAUACUUAAAGUCGACAAGUCUGGGGGCAAAAGAUCGGUGACCCUGCUACGAUAUCUAUACGGACCGCGGGGAAUUGUGGUAUAUCAUCCUUCAAGGCAGCCGGGAACAGGCAAUAAUCCAUGCAGUGACUCUGUGGAUUCCGGAGGUUGCAGUCACAUCUGUUUACUAGCUCCAAAAGAUCUCGAUCCAAAAGGUUAUUCUUGUCACUGUCCCCCUGGAUUGAUGAUGCUUCAAGAUGAAAAGACCUGCAUGUCCUCAGAUGCUUUAAAGUGCAAGGAAGGAAUGUGUCUCAAUGGGGGCACUUGUAUCGAGAAAGCAAGGGCACUUCCCGUAUGUAGUUGCCCUUCUGAUUUUAAGGGACCCAGAUGUCAAGAAAUCAGCCCGGUGCACAUCUCCACCACAAUUUCUCCCUCAACGAAACAGGACAGCUGUGAGCCGUUAACGAUACCUCUUUGUCGCUCUUUGCCUUAUAAUACUACAAUAUUUCCCAACUUUUUGAAUCACACAACACAAGACGAGGCCGCUCUUUAUGUCCACCAGUUUUAUUCUUUGGUACAAUACGGCUGCUCGGAGCAUUUAGGGCUCUUCCUCUGUGCUGUUUACGCGCCAGUUUGUACAGUGUUAGGUUCUGCAGUCCCGCCCUGUCGUUCCCUUUGUAAUAGUGCAAGACUUGGCUGUGAAGAUGUGAUGAAACGUUUCGGUGUUAAAUGGCCAGAGAGUUUGAACUGCGAACGAUUUCCUGAAUUAGGUUCUGAAAUCUGCGUUGGACUCAAUGAAACCUUGGAACCCACCUCCCAGCCACCAACUGAAAGAUCAAUGAGGCUUUAA